AUGAAGUCCGGUUCAGGAAACCAAGAACCGGUGAAUGGGCACGGGCAACGCGAGGACUCCAAGAACGGCGCCUCCGAUGGGGCCCCGAGCGCUGUGGCAGCCCAAGGCGGCGCCGAUGCCUCCUCGCCAUCGCGUCUCCCUGCAGCGCCCGUCGGAGGCGGAAGCCGCGGCACCAAUGGAUCGAGCUCCGCCACGGUGGGGGUCGACCAGAAGGGCGAGUUGCCCGCCGCCAUUCCUCUUCCGGAACCUCCCGCUCCAAGCUCCGCGGGAAGCAGCUCCCCCGACAGCGCCUGGCCGUUCGGAGCCGGGACGGUAAGCUCUGCGGCCGUCGACUGCAAGGAAGUGUUCGACCGGCUGGUUCGAGCGCAGGCGGCUAUCAACGAGGCCGGCAGGGGAUCGGCCGAGGAGGGGGAGAAGAAGAAGAAGAAGAAGCCGGAGGUGGACCAGGUGGAAUCGUCGCACCACAAGAAGGCGCUUUGGAGCAAGCUUAGGAACUAUUUCACCCGCAAGGUUGUUGAUAGAGAAAAAUGGGAAAUGUAUGAGGAACAUGUGGGUCACCAGACAAAUCCUAUCGCUGAAGUCUUUGAUUAUUAUCGUGUUCCCGAAGAUAUGGCUGUUUGUGUGAAUCUUGAUGCCUAUUUGAGAUUCAGACCGGUGUAUGGAGAUGGGGAGUGUUUCUACAGGAGCUUCAUAUUUUCCUACCUUGAGCAAAUUCUUGAUAGGCAGGACACACAUGAGGAACACCGUCUCCUUGAUACCAUUAAAAGAGUGUCUAUGCAACAUACAAAUCUUGGAUGGACCUCCUCUGGGUUUCGCAGGAGCUACAAAGAGAUACACAACUGCUUAACAGUAGUGGCAUGCCAUCACAGUUUUACACACUGUUGGCAUAAACUCAAAUUCGAAGUUUUCUGUAAAGUUAACAAGCCAAUUCUAACAAAAAUGAACCUUAAGAGAAAUCUACUUGCAGAGGAGCAAUGAGACAAUAUAAUGGGGAGGAAUAGAAUUGUAUGCUUGUUUCGUUUGAAAACAAACGAUGUGCACAUGCUGCUUCUUAUGGUGCAGCCACCUCACUGUUCUGUUACCAAACAUUUUCUGCCAUAACUACUAUGCUAUAUUAUGUGCUUAAUGACAGAAACUUUUCAGACGUGUUGUUCUGUGUUCUUUCAUAUCCUGGUAUCAAUUCAAUUUUCUGUAACCUAAUGUUGUUACCUAUGAUAUGUAAUGGUUAUCAGAUGUGAACUAUUGAGUUGCUGAUUCUUUCAGGCAUUUAAGAAGCUGAUAAAUAAAGUAAUGGGAUGGAAGAGACAAGGCAGGUGGAACAGCAUAGCAUCACCUAACAGCUACCGUAAAGAGAAACUUCUUGCGUUCUUCAGCACCUACAAUAAAACGGAAGACAUUUUUGUUUUCCUCAGA